AUGGCUACAAUGAAGCCAGGGAAAGGGAGUAAAGAACUGCGUCAAACCAUUGCUGCCCUUAACACCAACCAGAUGUCACUUAGAGCUACUUUUCGGAAGUUGAAGGAGAAGACAGGGGAAAUGGAUGGGAAGAUCUCUUCUGCUGAGUUUACCCUUGUACAAAGUGUUCAAGAAAAUGCAAACCUACGAUCAAAAGUUGUUCAGUCCCCUGAUAAAUUGCAGAGAGCAUUGGAGGAACAAAAACUAGCUCGAGAAGAAGCUAAGAAUGCGGAAAGAUCAGCCAUGCAAACUUUCCAUGAGAAGAAUGCCCUUGUUGACCUUUAUUCAAAGGUUGAGAAGAAAAUGUCAAAGCACUUUGCUCAGAUGCAAGCCAUACAAGAUCAGGUAAAUUCUGCAAAAGAAAUUGAGAAAAGUCUAAAAGCUUUGAAAGCAAAACUCAGUGAUGAAGAAGUGCUGGAAAAGUCACUUGAUGUCAAACUGGUUGAAAGAAAAGGAAAGCUUGAGCAGCUGGGAGAAUUGAUGAAACAGUUAGAGAAAGAAAGGGAUAUGAAGUCUGAGGAAGCAUCUACAUACCUAAAUGGUGUGAAAAUGGAGGCUGAAUCAAAGAGGCAUGAUCUGGAAGAAAGACAGAAGAAUGUCGAAGCUGUGUUAGCGGAGGUGGAUGCCACAAAUAUUACAAUCAAAUCAGUCAAAGAAUCUGGAUCAGCUAAACUGGAAAUGUUAGCUAGCACACAUGAAGAGUUAACCAAAGAGUUUCAACAGUAUAAGGACUUGCUUGCCCAUGUGAUCGAAUCGGGUUCAAAAGCUGAUUGAAGCAGCAGAUCAGGUUUUGAUGUGUGGUCCCACAAGACGAGCUUUUUAAUAUGGCUCCAGGGCGUUUCUUCCUUUGAGGUGCUGCCUGCUGCAGAUCUUCAACUUCAAGGGCCAAAGCCUACGACUUCGAUGCAUUUUCUCGUUGUAUUAUUAUUAUUAUCAUUAUUUCUAUCAUCAUCAUCAUCAUCAUUGAUCAGCUCGCAUUUGGACCUUAAAUAUGCUUGCUUGUAAAUUUUAACGGAUUCAAAUUUUAAGUUGUG